ACAUUAGUUUUUAUACUGCUGAAUAGAAUUCUGUAGCAAAUACCGUCCACCUGGAUGCCUCACCUUCAACAAGCACCGUGACCUGACUUGCCUGCUAUGCCAUGUGUUAUUGUACCAGAUCUUAUAUAUUCGGGAGAAGAGUCUGCUUUAUAUUCAAUAACCACGCAAGAAAAUCGUCCACUCCGCUGUCAGGCAAACCGGGGAGGUUUGCUGCACAAAGAACAGAGCUUGGGCGCUGGCAACUGCUGUACUCUCACUCAACAAUGGCCUCAGAGGCAAAGAAAGCGAAAGUAGCUGUCAGGGAAGGCAUCCUCUUUGGAAUGGGGAACCCUCUCCUGGAUAUCUCAGCUCCAGCCGACCAGGCCUUCCUGGAAAAAUAUGGCUUGAAGGCCAAUGAUGCCAUUCUAGCUGAAGAGAAGCAUCAACCCAUGUAUCAAGAUAUGGUGGACAACCUUAAGGUAGAGUACAUCGCUGGUGGGGCCACACAAAACUCCAUCCGUGUUGCACAGUGGCUGCUGCAAGUCUCCCAUGCUACCACGUUUUUUGGCAGUAUUGGGAAGGACAAGUUUGGUGAGGUCCUGAAGAAUGCAGGGGAGCAUGAUGGGGUGCAGGUCAACUACCAUUAUGAUGAAGAAAAGCCCACCGGCACCUGUGCCGUAGUCAUCACUGACAACAACAGGUCGCUGUGUGCUAACCUGGCUGCAGCCAACUGUUACAAGAAAGAGCACCUGGACAAGAACAUGGAACUGGUCAAGAAAGCAGACCUCUGCUACAUUGGGGGAUUUUUCCUGACAGUGUCCCCCGAGUCUAUCCUGGCCGUGGCACAGUCCUGUGCAGAGGACAACAGGACGUUCGCUCUGAACCUGUCGGCACCCUUCCUCUGUCAGUUCUUCAAGGAACCCAUGAUGAAGGCCAUGCCAUACGUCGACAUCCUCUUUGGCAACGAGACUGAGGCCAAGACUUUUGCAACAGAGCAGAAGUUUGGAACAGAAGACUUGGUAGAGAUCGGAAAAAAGAUAGCUGAACUGGAGAAGGUUAACAAGGAGCGCAAAAGGAUGGUUGUUAUCACCCAGGGCACUGACGACACCAUCAUUAUCCAAGAUGGAAAAGUUGAGCACUUCCCUGUUGUGAAGCUGGACCCAUCAAAGAUCCUGGAUACCAACGCUGCCGGCGACGCCUUUGUCGGAGGUUUCCUGUCUCAGCUGGUGCAAGGUCAACCCCUGAAAGACUGUGUACGCUGUGGAAACUAUGCCGCUAGCACUGUCAUUCAGCACUCAGGAUGUACCUAUCCUGCCAAGCCUGACUUUCAGUAAAAAAGCAUGUUACUGCAACAUUAGAACAGGAAUGUUGUCCUAAGUGUUUUCAGUUAUAAUGGCAUAAAAUGUCAUGAACUGUCAUCUUAAUAAAUCUACCACCUUUGAACCUGC